AGCGAGGCUCAGUAUCUCCCUCGUGGUUGCGUUGCUGUACGUGCUGUGCAGGUAAGUUCUCAUUUCGUCUACUAAUCUUGCGCUAUGGCAUGCGUCGCCAUCAACGAAACAACAGCUGUCGUCGAGUGGCAGUGGGAGGGUGCCACGCGUAACUUAGCGACCGCCGAUCCCGAUCACGACGCGAUACGAUUCACCUUGCGACUCGACCCCGAGAGUCAAUACGGUGCGCACUUCGAAAUCAGCAUCCCCUUCAGAUUCAAGGAUAAGCCAGCUGGGGCGGGCGUAUGCCUCCGGAUAAACCCCUUCUUCAUCAAGUCCUUCGCCUAUUCCGAUGUGCCGACCCCGCCCGAUGCCGUAAAACAGAUCUUCGACGCGACCACAUACCUUGACUUCACACUGGAUAACAGAAUUACCAUUCUUAUUCCUAGCGAUGUUGAGGAGCCGGUUGUAGCAGCGCGUGCGCGAUCAGGCAAGGUCCUCGACUUAAUACACGAGCUUUCUUGCAUUACGUCCCUGCGCAUCUACAUCCAACAGUCUCUACUGUCGCCCGAUGAGCUCAAGUCCAUCAGCGAGGCUGUAGAACAACGUCAAAUCAAACCAUCCUCCGACCCAGACUAUGACAUCUCACGAAUGUUCAGCGGCAGCGGCGCAAAAGUCACAACCAUUCCUCCCCCCAAACCCCCUUCUUACAAGAAAGCGACGAAAACCCAACCUCCCCCGAACGCUCCGUCUAAUCGCAAACGGCCCCGACAAGACAGCCAUCCCGAAUUCUUCAGCCAGUUCUGGGAUAAGCUCCAGAAGCUGGAAGCCAAGGUUGACGACCUGCAAACCGACAACGCCAGGCUAAGAGCCGAUAACGCUCAACUGAAAGACAAGGUCGCGCGCCUGGAGAAGAAGUAUGAUGGGUUGGAGCAGGGAGAUACGGAAGAGGCUGUGAUAAUAGAAAUACGAGAUGAUAUCAGCUCGCUGGAUCAUAGAGUGAAGUGCAUUGAGGACGCGAGAGAUGACGACUUUGAAGACAUAAAGGAAGGCGUUUUUGAUGAGUUGGCGAAGCGACUAAUCGGUGGAUGAAUGAUGAUCGAUUUAUGAGAUAUGAGCAAUGACACUGUCAGACCUGAUGAAUGCGAUGACGAGACGAACCGUACAUAUUCUACGAAUGUCCACUCCGAGAAACUGCAUUUGCCGUCAGAACCGAAGGACAAUCAGCCCUCGAGGUUGCUGGUUGGAGUUCGAGACAUGCAGCGGAGUAACUUGAUCACGUCUCAGCAGGCUGUCGCACCCGGAGUCAUGGUCCGA